CUCAUCCAAUUUGCAUCGACAACAAUGGCUCGAGCUGCAAGUUCCCGCGCUGCGAGCGCUAAGCCUGUCGAGACGAAAGAAGUCAAAGUGAACGGCACCGGUACGUCACAGCCAUCGACAGCUUCGAAGCCAUCGCUAAAGAAACCAGGCCUUGCACGAAGAGGCGCGAAGAAGACAGACGACACGCACAUUACCAACGGUAUAACUGAAGAGCCCACACAAAAACCUGCUGGACGAAGCCGCGCAAAGAAGGCCGAAACACCCGCUCCUGCGCCUGAACCUGCGCCAAAGAAGACGACGAAGCGCAAAAAGGAUGACGAGAGCGAACCUGAAGCUGAACCUGAGCAGGCAGUCAAGAAGGCGAAGGUUGAGCGGCCAAAGGCUGCACCAAAGGCCGCCAAGUCUGUAAAGGAUCCCUCAAAACCACAGCCCAAGGGACCUCGACGAGUGCGCGGAAAGAAGACUGAGAUCAACGCGAUCCGAUACACGGAGCCGCUGAAAGUCUUUGUUUUCGGCGAAGGUAGCUCCGGUGAGCUUGGCUUCGGCGCGACGAAGAAGGCCAUCGACGUGAAGCGACCGCGCUACAACGAGGCCCUGACAAACCAGAACGUCGUUAGGGUCGCUACGGGUGGUAUGCACGUCGUCGCGUUGACGAAGGAUAAUAGGAUCCUGACAUGGGGCGUCAAUGACAAUGGCGCACUUGGACGCGACACAUCGAACGCCGACGUCAAGAUGCGGGAUUUAGACGCAGAUGAUUCUGAUUCUGACUCAGAGGACGAGACUGGCGGCCUGAACGACCUCGAAUCGACACCGACAGCUGUCCCCUCCGAAUACUUUCCCGAAGACACAAUUUUUGUUGACAUUGCGGCGGGUGAUAGUUGCUCUUUCGCGCUGACUACCGAAGGUGCUAUCUACGGUUGGGGAACUUUCCGCAAGAACGAAGGCAUUCUCGGCUUUGAGCGUGGCAGUCAUACUGCCAAAUUUCCAGUCUACAUUGAUGGUGUGACCAAGGUCACCCAAAUUGUAUGUGGCACAAACCAUAUCUUCGCGCUGGACAAGGACCGACACGUUUUUGCUUGGGGCAAUGGCCAGCAGAACCAACUUGGUCGCCGUGUCACCGAGCGAACUCUUACCGAAUCUCUACAACCGAAUCGCGUUGGCUUCCACGACUCCACCUUCAAGCGCCCGAGCCAGCGCAUAGUCUCGAUCGCUUCCGGUGACUACCAUGGCCUAGCAAUCGCAGAGGACGGGCAUAUCUGGGCUUGGGGCGUGAACAACUACUGUGAGACGGGUUAUACCGAUAACGCUGGCGCAGAUGAUGCCAGCGUCCUGACGCCCCGAAUCAUCCAAAGUUUAGAGGGUAAGAAUGUCGAGUCGCUUGCUGGUGGUUCGCAUCACAACAUCGCCAUCACCAAGGACGGACAAGUCCUCGUAUGGGGUCGAUGCGAUGGCUCGCAAACCGGUCUUCCCGCGGACCAGCUCAACGCUGAGACCGACGAGGACAAGGUCUUGAAAAACAACGGCAAGCCGAAGAUUCUGGUUCAGCCCACUCCUAUUCCAAACCUGAAGAAUAUCGUUGCUGGCGCAUGUGGUCCCGAUCAUACCAUCGUCAUCGACAAGAAUGGUAAAGCCUACUCUUGGGGUUUCUCAGCGAAUUACCAGACUGGCCAGGGUACUGACGACGACAUCGACGUUCCAACGAUGAUCGACAACACCGCUGUACGGGAGACGAAGCUCACCUGGGCUGGCUGUGGUGGCCAGUACAGUGUCCUAGCAUCGAAGAAGGAAUAAGGCAAGCGGGAUCCCUGGAUAGAGCGGGCUUCGAGCCAUAGUUCCACCCCGGAAGAUUGUCUCCAAUGCAACUUCCGGCACUAGAUUGCACAUUUCUACAUUUUGGACAUCUAAUCUACGCGUUUUCAUUCCCCCGAAGGUUUCCGAGAGCAUACAUGAGCAUGGCGUUGAUGGCUUUUAAAGGUGGUUUUGUAUAGCGGACAUUCCUUUCGGCACUGAUGGAUAUGAGAUCCAUCAAUCAUCACGAUACGGCUGGGCACAUGCAUAGAUAGGCAUAGGCAUGAGGCGCUGGUUGGCUGCCACAAGCAGCCUAGGAUGGUUCGGAGGAUGGCUCAGCCGUGAUUUCAUGGAUUACUUGUAAUAGUAGAAUGCUAUGCUUUUCCAUCUCCCU